AUGCGAUCCUGUGUCAAAUCUGCGAUCGCAGACCUGUCACAUUUCGAACUUUGCGAUCGCAGAUCUGUCGCAAAUUCCGCCAAUGUUGGCCAGUUUUGGGCACUGAUUUUGCAGUGCACUCUGCGGCCCGCAUUCAUGUUUUGCGGUCCAUUUUGCGAUCGCAAACCCGACUUCAGAGGGGAAAGAAUUAUGGUUGCUCCUCAAAAGAUUGCAGCAGUGAAGAAUUGGCCUAAACCUACCACACCAACUGAGAUUCGCAGUUUCUUAGGCUUGGUUGGGUACUACAGGAGGUUUGUGGAGGGGUUUUCUACUCUUGCCUCUCUAUUGAAUAAAUUGGCGCAGAAAGCAGUUAAAUUCCAGUGCUCCGAUGCUUGUGAAAAGAGUUUCCAAGAAUUGAAGUCAAGAUUGACAAUAGCACCGGUGUUAGCCCUGCCAGAGGGUACAUAG